AAUGGAACCCCAAAAGAAUCCAACGGCUCAGUAUUUGAUUGAUUCUCUGGAAUGGAAAACAAUUCAAGGAUGAGACAGAUGAGGUUGGAUUAUGGAUAUUUACCCAUCUUCUUGUUCCCAUUUCCCAACUCAGCUCCUUCUGCAGACAACCUACCUGUCUCUCUCUCUUAUCUGUAAGUCUUUACUCUGUUUUUCUCUCUAGAUUCUGACCCAUAUCAAGAAUUUCAUCUAGGUAGUCCGCCAUUAAUGGCUAUCACGAUCUUCAUGAGUGUUCAUGUCCUUCAAUCACUGUAAGUUUUCCCCUCUUGGGUGUUUUUCUCCUGUUUCUCUUUUGUUGAGGUUUUGCAAUGGCUUCUACUCCACCACACUGUUCAAUCACUACGGCGAAGCCGUAUCAAAACCAUCAAUACCCACAAAAUAACUUGAAAAACCAUCGUCAAAAUCCCCGCCAGAAUGGCUCUUGGACGACGACCCACAAGGUUUCUCUUGUCAAACCAUUGCCUUCAACUCCGGGUCACAGUGCGACUAAAUCCACUUCUACUUCUACUUCAACUCCGCUUUCCCAAAGCCCUAAUUUCCCCUCUCUUUGUUCUCUCCCCACCUCCAAAUCCGAGCUAGCUUCCAACUUUUCUGGCCGUCGAUCAACUCGAUUCGUCUCUAAGUUUCACUUUGGACGGCCCAAAUCCUCCAUGGCCACUCGUCAUACUGCGAUUGCUGAGGAGGUUCUGCACCAGGCGCUUCAGUUUGGUAAGGACGAUGUGAGUCUGGAUAAUAUUUUGCUUAAUUUCGAGUCUAAGCUUUGUGGGUCGGAAGAUUAUACGUUUUUGCUUCGGGAACUUGGGAAUAGAGGUGAAUGUUGGAAAGCAAUUCGAUGCUUUGAGUUUGCGCUUGUUAGAGAGGGAAAGAAGAAUGAGAGAGGUAAAUUGGCUAGUGCGAUGAUUAGUACUCUUGGUAGGCUUGGGAAAGUGGAACUUGCUAAGGGGGUUUUUGAGACAGCAUUGAGUGAAGGGUAUGGGAACACUGUUUUUGCCUUCUCAGCUUUGAUAAGUGCUUAUGGGAAGAGUGGUUACUUCGAUCAAGCUAUUAAGGUUUUUGAAUCCAUGAAAGUUUCAGGAUUGAAGCCAAAUUUGGUUACUUAUAAUGCAGUAAUUGAUGCAUGUGGAAAAGGAGGAGUAGAGUUUAAGAGAGUGGUGGAGAUUUUUGAAGAAAUGUUGAGGAAUGGGGUCCAACCUGAUAGAAUUACCUAUAACUCACUUCUUGCUGUGUGUAGUCGAGGAGGGUUGUGGGAGGCAGCUCGAAACUUGUUUAAUGAGAUGGUAGAUAGAGGGAUUGAUCAGGAUGUAUUUACUUAUAAUACACUUUUGGAUGCAGUUUGCAAAGGUGGACAGAUGGAUUUGGCUUACGAGAUUAUGUUAGAGAUGCCUGGAAAGAAAAUACUGCCUAAUGUCGUUACUUACAGUACAAUGGCUGAUGGAUAUGCCAAGGCUGGUAGAUUAGAAGAUGCUCUAAGCUUAUACAACGAAAUGAAGUUUCUGGGUAUUGGUUUAGAUAGGGUUUCAUAUAAUACAUUGCUUUCAAUCUAUGCCAAGCUUGGCAGGUUUGAAGAUGCUCUGAAUGUUUGUAGAGAGAUGGGGAGUUCUGGGGUUAAAAAGGAUGUUGUUACUUACAAUGCACUUUUAGAUGGAUAUGGAAAGCAGGGGAAGUUUAAUGAAGUUACUAGAGUAUUUAAGGAGAUGAAAAAAGAUCGUGUAUUCCCUAAUCUGUUGACAUAUUCUACCUUAAUUGAUGUAUACUCUAAAGGUAGUCUAUAUGAGGAGGCAAUGGAGGUCUUUCGUGAGUUCAAGCAGGCUGGAUUGAAGGCUGAUGUAGUUCUCUAUAGUGAACUCAUCAAUGCUUUAUGUAAAAAUGGUUUGGUGGAUUCUGCUGUAUCAUUGCUCGAUGAGAUGAUAAAAGAAGGGAUUAGGCCUAAUGUUGUCACUUACAAUUCCAUAAUUGAUGCCUUCGGUCGUUCUACAACUGCAGAAUCUCCAGUUGAUUCUGUUGGUGCAUCUAGUGAAAGGCAAAGUGAAUCCCCAUCCUUCAUGUUGAUUGAGAGUGUAGAUGAGAGUGAGAUAGACAAUUGGGAUCAUGACCACAUCUUCAAAUUUUAUCAGCAACUUGUUUCUGAGAAAGAAGGAGCUACAAAGAAAGAAAGACUAGGCAAGGAGGAGAUCAGGUCCAUCUUGAGUGUCUUCAAGAAGAUGCAUGAGCUGCAAAUAAAACCAAAUGUUGUGACCUUCUCAGCGAUUCUAAAUGCAUGCAGCCGCUGUAAAUCAAUUGAAGAUGCUUCUAUGUUAUUGGAAGAGCUACGAUUAUUUGAUAAUCAAGUCUAUGGUGUAGCUCAUGGACUCCUUAUGGGAUUUAAUGAAAAUGUGUGGAUUCAAGCACAAUAUCUGUUUGAUGAAGUGAAACAGAUGGACUCUUCCACUGCAUCUGCUUUCUACAAUGCUUUGACAGAUAUGCUGUGGCAUUUUGGUCAGAAACGGGGGGCCCAAUUGGUUGUACUUGAAGGAAAAAGACGCAAAGUAUGGGAAACUUUAUGGUCCGAUUCUUGCUUAGAUUUGCACCUCAUGUCUUCUGGAGCUGCUCGUGCCAUGGUUCAUGCUUGGUUGCUGGGUAUUCAUUCUGUUGUAUUUAAUGGUCAUCAGUUGCCCAAGUUAUUAAGCAUUCUGACAGGAUGGGGAAAACACAGCAAAGUUGUCGGUGAUGGAGCUCUGAGACGGGCAAUCGAGGCACUUCUAACUAGCAUGGGGGCCCCAUUUCGGGUUGCAAAAUGUAAUAUAGGAAGGUAUGUAUCAACAGGCUCUGUGGUGGCUGCCUGGUUGAAAGAGUCUGGUACCUUAAAAUUGCUUGUUCUUCAUGAUGAUAGAACUCACCCAGAUAGUGAAAAUGUGGAUCUAAUUUCCAAACUCCAAAUGAUUUCCUUGUAGCAGUAUCUGUAUAAUAUUAUUACUCAUCAGAGAUAUGGGAAAAAUUGGUUUAGAGAAACGUUUACUAAAUUGGCAAUGCCUUCCAAAAUCAA